UACCACAACGACUUUGGAGACAUCAUCAAGGAGACGAUGUACAGGACCAGACAGAUCGAUAAGAUAGAGAGCUCUCGUACUCUCGUGCUCUGUUUGCAGCAGCUGUUUGUUCGUCUGAGGCGAGAGCAGGAGAGCGGCGGCAGGGCUCACCCAGGAAUCCAGACCUUCACGAGCAUCAAAGAGCUCGCCAGGCGGUUUGCCCUCACCUUCGGGGACCUCGUCAAGUUUCGUGAGUGCAUCGUCAUGAUCCACAGGAACGGCAUCGAGUUUGUGUUCCAAGAGUUCAGUCAGACCCCAGAAACACCGACGCCACCGUACCUCUCCUACCUGACCAUCCUCAGCGAGUUCUCCAGCAAACUCCUCAAACCAGACAAGAAAACAGUGUAAGCGGCACAUCAAACAUUCAGGGUUAUUUUUUGUCAGUUUUUAUUGGAUUUUCAUUUGACAGCUUAUCUGUAUGCAGUAUACAUUGGAAAUGAAUGAGUAUAGAUGUGAGGAUAACCUGCCCUUCACCCCACCCACCACCCAGCCGAACCCUCCCGAA